AUGAGGCGGCUGGGACAGGCCAGGAACCCGCGGGUGAAGAGGACCCCGGAGGGUGGGGACCCCGGCGGAUGGGGACCCCGGCGGGUGGCCAAGGUCCGGGCGGCAGGUGGGGCCCAGAUCUCCUCGAGGGCGGGGCCUGGAGACUCGGCGGGGGAGGGACCAGGCUCUGCGUUUGGGCGGGGCCUGGCGGCUCGGCGAGGGCGGGACCAAGCUGACCGCGGGGCGGGGCCUGGCGGCUCGGCGGGAGGCGGGGCCACGUUGCCCGUGGGGGCGGGACCUGAUGGUUUGGCGGGAGGCGGGGCCAGGCUCUCCGUGGGGGCGGGGUCUGCCUCUCGGCGAAGGCGGGACCACAGUGUCCGCGAGGGGCGGGGUCUGGAGGCUCGGCGGGAGGCGGGGUCAAACUCUUCGUGUGGGAGGGGCCUGGAGGCUCGGCGGGAGGCGGGACCCGGCGCGGAAGUUGCCGGCGGUCCGCGCCUGGCGGCCCGGGACGCCCUCAUCGCGCGCCUCCGCGCCCGGCUCGCCGCGCUCGAGGGGGACACGGCACCGUCGCUCGUGGACGCGCUGCUGGAGCAGGUGGCGCGCUUCCGGGAGCAGCUGCGGCAGCGGGACGGCGGCGCCGCGGAGGCCGCGCUGCGCCAGGAAAUUGAGAGACUCUCGGAGCAGCUGGAGGAGAAGGAGCAGGAGGCACAGCACCUCCUGAGCCAGCCGGGGCUCGAGCGGGAGAAGGAGGUGGCCCUGCUGCGGAGGAGCGUGGCGGAGAAGGAGCGGGCCCGGGCCGCCAGCCACGUCCUGUGUCGCUCCCUGGCCGACGAGACCCACCAGCUGCGGCGGACCCUGGCCGCCACGGCCCACAUGUGCCAGCAUCUGGCCAAGUGUCUGGAUGAACGCCAGGGGGCACCGGGGGCCGCGGGGGAGCAGAGCCCUGAGCCCGAGUGUGCGGACAGGGACGCCUCUGUGCACGCGGUGGUUGAGAAGUUACGGGAGGAGAACCGGGUGCUGAGGCAGAAGGUGACUCACGUGGAGGACCUUAACGCGAGGUGGCAGCGCUACGACGCCAGCAGAGACGAAUACGUGAGGGGGCUCCACGCGCAGCUGAAGGGCCUGCAGGCCACCCCGGAGCCUGAGCUGAUGCGGAAGGAGGUCUCCCGGCUCAACGCGCAGUUGGAGGAGAAGAUGGAUGACUGCGCGGAAGCGCGGCGGGAGCUGGCGGCAGCGAAGAGCGCGAGGGACGCGGCGCUGGAGCGCGUGCAGAUGCUGGAGCAGCAGAUCCUCGCCUACAAGGACGACUUCACGUCGGAGAGGGCCGACAGGGAGCGGGCGCAGAGCCGCAUCCACGAGCUGGAGGAGCAGGUGGCCUUGCUGCAGCGCCAGGCAUCCUGGAGACAGGAUUCGCGCGAGCCAGCCUCCUGCCGGAUUCACACGGGGAGCAGAUCUCCCAGAUACUUAGAGACCGACGCUUCGGAGCCUGUGGCGGCCGGUGGCCGGAGGCCUGGGACGGGAUCCCAGUGGCUGGACCUCCCCGCAGAGGGCGGGUGCUCGGGAGUGACCCAGAGAGGCCAGGGGGACCUGCAGUGCCCCCACUGCCUGCAGUGCUUCAGCGACGAGCAGGGCGAGGAGCUCUUCAGGCACGUGGCCGAGUGCUGCCAGUGA